AUGGCGACAAUCUACCACGCCGCGGCUUUGGGUCGUAUCACGGAUCUCGCGGCCUUGGAUCCUUACAAAUCCGCUGAUUCCGAGUUCGGGAUUGAUAAACCCGACGACAAGGGUCGCACAGCCCUCAGCCACGCUGCCUCGAGAGGCAAGAUUGAUGUCGUCAAGUUUCUCAUCAGCCAAAAGGCCAAUGUCAACGCCCAAGACAACAGCAAGCGAACGGUACUCUGGUGGGCCUCUCAUAGUGACCCGUCCGUCACCAGACAAGAGCGAUUCGUCACGGUCGAGUACCUCCUGCAAGAGCAUGCAGACCCGAACAUCCCUGCCUCGAACGGCUCCACCGCACUCUCCAAGUUCAUCGAGCACCGCGAGCCGACCGUCAUCAAGCUUCUACGACACUAUGGCGCCUCUACGGACCACAAGAUCCAGAGAGGCUCAACCACCGUGAGCAUCGAGGAGCUCGCAAGGGCCACAAAGGAUCCGGAUGUGAUCGAGGCAGUGAUGCUAAAGCCGGGGCAAGCUUCGAGCAGGGACGUGGUCGUGACUGAGAUUGUCAACUACCUGUUCAGGUCUAUUGGAUACAUGAAUACUGCCUUUGGUGGCGUUGUCAGGAGUUUCUUCGGUAUCAGCGGCGAUAUACGUGCUCCCCUACAGGCCGCACCAAGGGAGAGGCAAUUCAGCGAUUCAGACAGUGCCAUAGACAUCUCCCAGCCCGAAGAAGACAAGGUCGCCGCUCUCUCAGGCAGAAUCCAUGACUACUCAGACAGCGACGCUUCUCGCAUCACCGCAAGCACUGUUGGUUUCAACACAGCAGCACUUGACCCGGUCCAGGGGGACCAUAGGGACCAGGAGGACCAACAAGACAAGAAGGGCCAACAAGACGACGAGGAUAAGACUCCUCAUGUAUCAGAGAUCUCAGGGAAGACCACGGCCAAACAAUUCCAGGCAGGCAUGACCCAAUUCAUUGAUGACACUGGUCUGGGCUGCUUCUUCGCGGAAGACGACAAGUUCUUGGAAGACGUCGCCAUGAAAGCAGUGGAGCUCGAAAACAACGUAGACGAGGUGCUCAACAGCAAGAAGGACAUCCAAGACAUCACCAAGCUUGCACUGUACCAGCCGGUCUUCUACUGCGGCACUCGUGCCCGUGACCAGGUCGAACUUGUUCGACGAGUUGCCCGAAUCUCUACCCUACUGGUGCCUGAUGGCUGUGGUACGGGACUGCAGUUCAUCAAUAAGAGACAUACGCUGGACGAUAAUCUCAAGGCAGAGCAAGUCGAAGAGAUCAUGAGAUCGUUUGAGCCUCGUGGCAAUACCAAGAUCGGCAUCAACCUCGAGCGAAAGAUUCUCAAUCCCCUGAUUUACGACGUCAUUGACAGCGGAAAGAAGUUGGAAAGGCCCAUCCUGAUUUCUUGCAUCACUGAUGGCUGCGCCAGUGGCGAGCCUUCGACUGAAUUCAGAGAUGCUAUUGUCAGAUGCGUUGGCUAUCUCAAGGAAAAGGACUACCCGCCUACAGCUGUGCGAUUCCAGAUUAGCCAGAUCGGUAACGACCGUGGUGCCGAAUCCUUCCUUAACCAGCUUCGGGAUGAUCCUCUUCUGAAGGAUGUGCUCUUCUGCACCACUCAACGCCUCGACGAGGAGUACAAGAAACUCAAUGAGAACGAAGAGGAUCUCGAGCGAUGGCUCUUGCAAACCCUCAUGGGGCCAAUUCUUAGCCUCGGCCGUAAAUAG